CAUCAACACACCAUGGCGAUCCCCUUAGCUAAGCUCCUGAUCUCCUUCAUGACGAUCUUCAUCCUCGUCUCCGCCUCGUUCGCGACCUCGGAAAUGCCGUUCAUGGUGGUCCACAAAAAAGCUACUCUCAACAGGCUCAAAUCUGGCGCCGAGCGUGUCCUCGUCUCCUUCGAUAUCUACAAUCAAGGAUCUGCGACGGCGUAUGAUGUGACUCUGAUUGAUAAGGGCUGGGUUAAGACGAAAUUUGAACUUGUUAAUGGAAACACGUCAAGAACAUGGGAGAGACUUGAUGCAGGAGGUAUUCUGUCUCAUUCUUUUGAAUUAGAGGCUAAGGUUAAAGGAGUCUUCUAUGGUGCUCCUGCUCUUGUUACUUUCCGUGUCCCCACUAAGGCUGUUCUACUGGAAGCUUACUCAACUCCAAUACUACCACCUUUAGACAUCCUCGCAGUCAUACCUCCAAUAGACCCCUUGGCCUUGGCCAAGAGGAUACUGGCGAAAUAUGGAUCGCUUGUUUCAGUGAUCUCCAUGGUGGUUUUGUUCGUUUACUUGGUAGCAACACCUUCAAAGCCCAAUGCAGCGAAAGCGGGCAGCAAGAAGAAACGUUAAGUUCGUUGAAUGAAGUUGAGAAAGGUUGUGUUAAACAGAUAAACACAGUUUCAAAACUUGUAAGAAUCGUAGAACACACUUUAACGUUCGUGUCGCAGAGUACUUUUUUUUAAGGUUAUUUUGUUCUGCGUAAUAACAUCUUUUUGAAGGUCUAUUUUACUUUGAUUCUGCCUGGUUUAUUCUGCAUUCUCUUUUUGUCAUAUUCAAGUUUAAUUGCCUAUUUGCCAUGUAUCCUGUUUAAUAUGCAUAGCCGUUUUUGUAGAAUUUGAACUGGUUAUGGUCUUUAGCUUCAUGAGUUUGCUU